AUGUAUUAAAUAUUCUAAUUUAAUCCGUUAUGCACAGGAAAUUUUACGAUAUCUAAAUUGAUACAAAUCUUGCAUUUAAAUACUAUGAAUAUUGAAUAUUAGAUUCAGAUGAAACUCGCAGUUAGAUCGACGAAUUAUGAAACAUAUAUUGACAUUUCAUAAAAAUUUAUAAAAUUUUGUUUGUGAUAUAGUUUUUGUCAAUUCUUAAAUUUCGUGAAAAUGUGGAAAAUGCGUUAUGACGAUUAUUCUGAACAGGGUGAAGGAUUCUAUAAUGUGUCAGUGCUACCAGAGGACGACAAAAACAGUGAAUCAACGACAUAUGUCGUGUCCUGGGUAGACCCUAUCUUACGUCCGACAUCAACAAGAGGCUAUAACAUAGCAGACACAGAAGUACGAAUAAAUGACGUGACGUUGAAUGACGUCAGAGAUGAUGACACGGACACAUACUCGUGGGUCAAGGUUGAAGACACUGCCCACCUACCGGGAGUUCAAUCAGUAGCGGUUUCUGAUACAUACAAAGAUGUUUUUCAUACAACAUACAAGGGUCAGAACACGAAACUUCGUGUCGAUAAAGAAAACUUGACAAUGGCAAAUAACGAUAGAAAAGAGCAAAAAAAUAAAGAGAUUGACACGAGUCUGAUAUAUGGCAACCAUUGUUCCAUUUUUCUGGCUUUCCUUGUAAGACUUUUGCUGAUUGGUCACAAUGUGUUUGCAGUUUGGCGCGUGACAAUAGAAUAUAACGACUACAUGUAUUGGUUACUGGCAGUCACGAAUUUCUUUCUGAUAUUUGAGGGAGUUGUCGUCAUAAUAAGAAAUGCUGGAAAGGAAUACUCAUGGUGGUCUCCAUGCCUCCUUUUCUAUCUUGCUGGAACAGUGCCUGCAGUGUGGUUCCUUCAGCUGAACCAAUACCACAAGGCAUCAACAACUUCACAAGCUGAGCAAGGGAAACCAGCCAUUGACAUAUGGGUGAUACUUACAGCGGAAACUCUCGUGUUUGCCGUUCUCAUCAGCCGAUGGCUAUUGCCACGUCAUAAACUUUCAGAAAACGUCAUCUCUGACGUCUUAGUAGAAUUUAUUUUCAUAGCGUCUGACGUCAUGGAGUUUCUAGCUGUCUUUGACAAUGAUCGGGUAAGAGGAGAUUUGAACAUUAUCUACGUGGUUCUGGCGGUCUGGACAGCGAGUUUGGUCCAGUUUGUUCCUGUUUUCAAGCGAAAGAAUCGUUACCGAAAGGGUGAGAAGGACGGCUGUGUCAGGCAAUGCUGUGGAAUGAAUGGAGUGAAAAUAAUUGCUAUUUGUAUGAAUGUUUUUCUACAAAAUUUGCCUUUUCUUGUUGUACGACUCUAUCUUAUUAUUGAGAUGAGGAUAAUUACAUACAGUCUGAUAUUUUUCGUGCUGAAAAAUGUUGUAUCCUUGCUAUUUCUUUUCUGUGUAAUGAUUGGGAUUUUCCUAUGUCAGAACAAGGGUGAAAAAUCGGAUUAGUUCUAAUUUAUUGUUGAUUACGUAGACUCUUGAAUACAUUCAUUCAGCCUUGUGAUGACCAAAGAAUCACUUUAUAAUUUUACACUAGCUGUUUCAGUUUAGGUAACUAAAUUGACAUUUAGGACGCCUACAUUUCAAAUGUAUAUUUCCAUAUACAGAUAUCCGUGAAAAUGAAAUGAUAUGAAAAUAUGUGGAUGAAUUUAAACAAACUUGACUGUGUUUAAUCCUGCUUAUAUAGUAAAAGCUUAAUAAACGCUUCGAUAUAUCUGUUUCUGCGUUCUGGCAGUAGGAUCUCAGUGACAGGAGAGUAGACAUGUAUAUAUCGAUGUUUAUAUGAUCAAUUACAAGAUUUUAAGCUUUUUUUGUUUUUACUUAUUUACCUCAAUGCAAUUCAUUUCCAUGGAGUAUAAGUAUUAGCCAAAGAUAUAAAUUUUGAGCCAAACAUCGGUCACUGUUAGUCGGCCAAUGAGAACCUAAAUGUUUAGUACACGGAAACCUCACGUCGUCUAACCGUACAAGCGGCUAACGCACCCUGGUAUUCUUCAUCGCCGUCUCUGCCUACUUUGUAGGGCUUCAGUCAGGACAGCGGCAGCUGGUCAUCAGUAUACAAGUUUCGGUUUUCUCUUACGCCGUCCAAAGGUUUUCAAAUUAUCUGCCGAUGGGCUGUGCCUUCUCGGCGACCGAUGGAAAGAUGGGUGCAGAAGUACAGAAGUAGCGUAUAUAUAUAGCUUAUAGAACCGUCACGAUUAUAUGGAAAUCAUGUUACAUACGUCCAGUACUAUUAAAAUUCAAUAUACAUGUAUGUCUAUAUGGACGAAGCCAACCGGUCGUCUGAUGUUUCAAAUUUUACUUUCUUUUUUAUUAUAAUUUUAACCAUAUUGUAUUUUGCUUACAGUUUCAAAUAUCUUUAAUGCAUUUAUCUACGGAACAGCUUUAGGCAUAUUUCUAGAGUUACUGCAUGAUUAUUAUUAAAAAGCUCCGUCUUAUCUGGUCUUGGUUUUUUGCAUCUAGAAGUAUUUUCAUUGGAGUUCAAAGAUGAUUUAUGUAAAGACCUCGAGUUAUUUUUAAAUAGUUGCUCCGGAUAUGUUACAUAUAAAAUCAAUUGUUUAUUGAAUAAGAUCUAUAUAUACUUUUGAUGAUGUGUAGAUUCGGUUGACAAGAAGCGUAAAUGUACAGAGAUAAAUGGGUUUGGGGUGGAAGACAUUGGACAACAAUAUAUAUCACACACCCGUGCCGAUUUUGCGACUCCGUAAAUAUGGUAUUGCACGGCCGUGCAUAUAUUUUGACGUGACGUCAUUAGCGUUAUACAAACAUAGUGUAAAGACGCGCUAAAUGAUGGCAUUAUUCUAUAGGCGCGUCAAUGAAAAAUGACUCUUAUUUCACUUUAAACGGUCUUUAUUUUGGGUGUGUGAUAAAUAGAAUAUUAAAUUCGUGUAAGUUCAUUACUGAAUUUAUUGCACUCGUUGAAUAAAAUAAUAUUAUGCUCGCCAGAGGCUCGCAUAAUAUAAUUUUAUUCAACUCGUGCAAUAAAUUCAGUAUUGAACUUUCACUCAUUCAAUAUCCUCUAUUUAUCACACACCCGUGCCGAUUUUGCGACUCCGUAAAUAUGGUAUUGCACGACCGUGCAUAUAUUUUGACGUGACGUCAUUAGCGUUAUACAAACAUAGUGUAAAGACGCGCUAAAUGUUAGCGUUAUACUAUAGGCGCGUCAAUGAAAAAUGACUCUUAUUUCACUUUAAACGGUCUUUAUUUUGGGUAUGUGAUAAAUAGAAUAUUAAAUUCGUGUAAGUUCAUUACUGAAUUUAUUGCACUCGUUGAAUAAAAUAAUAUUAUGCUCGCCAGAGGCUCGCAUAAUAUAAUUUUAUACAACUCGUGCAAUAAAUUCAGUAUUGAACUUACACUCAUUCAAUAUCCUCUAUAUAUCACGACAUUGCAACAUUAUUACAUUUCAAGUACUGGGCAUGACAAAUUUUCAAACUCAAACAUAUUAAAAUGAGAUUAUACACAUUAAUUACCGUUUUACAAAUGCAAACUUAGAAAGUUGAUGUAUAAACAUUGUUAAAAUUACGAAAUUUAGAAAAAACAUUUAUAAAAAUGAGAUUCUCAGCAGGUUAUCUAGCAGCAGAAGCAGGUAGAUGCCAUAAGCCACAUAAAAUAUCAUUUGCCUCACGAAAAUGUAGACUAUGUAACACUCUGGAGAAUGAAUUUCAUUUCUUAAUCGAAUGUCCAUUAGACUAAUGCAUAUGAAAAAAAAUACUUUGGGAGGAGAGGUAAUGUACUAAAAUUAAGAGAAUUAUUUAAAUCUGUAUAAAAUAUGUGUGGAUAGUUACAAAUUUUUAAAAGAAAUAGUGUUCUGUACCAACGAUAACAUUGUCUUCUCACUGCAACAUGCAUAUUAUAAUUAUGAAUUUAUGAAUGUUGUUAUGAAUUAGAAUUGACUUUGUUUAUCAUGCUUGUAUCAUGCUAUUGAUAACUUGUUUAUUACUGUGCUUACUGCCUUUGUAUAAAUAAAUUAUAUUAUAUGUAUACAUGUAAAGUAUGAAAUAAAUAGGA